GACAUUAUGUGUACAGUCUAAGGAACGCUGUGAGUCUGUGCUUGGGAUUGUAGGUCUGCAGUGGCCAGAGGAUACUGACUGCACUCAGUUCCCAGAUGAGAACUCAGACAAUCAAACUUGUCUAACACCAGAUGAAGAUGUAGAAGAAUGCUCACCCAGCCACUUCAAGUGCCGUUCUGGGAGGUGUGUCCUGGCAUCCAGAAGAUGUGAUGGUCAUGCUGACUGUGAGGAUGAUAGCGACGAGGAAAGCUGUGGUUGUGGAGAAAGGGGUCUUUGGGAGUGUCCUUUGAAGAAGCUGUGCAUCAAACACACUAUGAUCUGUGAUGGUUUCCCAGACUGUCCUGACAUGAUGGAUGAAAAGAACUGCUCAUUUUGUGAAGAGAGUGAACUUGAAUGUGCCAACCACGAAUGUGUGCCACGUGAGCUCUGGUGUGAUGGGCAAGCAGACUGCGGGGACAGCUCAGAUGAAUGGGACUGUGUUACCCUGUCUAAAGAUAUGAAUUCCUUGAUGUUCCUGACCAUUCACAGGUCAGCUGUUGAUAACCACGUUUGUGCUGAUGACUGGCAAGAAAACUUAAGCCAACUGGCCUGCAAUCAGAUGGGUUUAGGAGGACCAUCCAAAACAGAAAUUGUACUAGAGAAUGAGGACACGCAGCAUCAACAAUGGCUGAAUCUGCACUCAGACUGGAAGAAUAAAAAUGCAUCCACUUUACAUGCACUUCUAGUCAAUGGACAGAUGUGUCAAAGCAGAAGCAAAGUGGCUCUCUUUUGCACCAAAGAAGACUGUGGCCGUCGCCCAGCUGCUCGCAUGAACAAGAGGAUCCUUGGUGGUAGGACCAGUCGCCCAGGCCGAUGGCCGUGGCAGUGCUCUCUGCAGAGUGAGCCAAGUGGACAUAUAUGUGGCUGUGUUCUGAUUGCAAAGAGAUGGGUCUUGACAGUAGCACACUGCUUUGAAGGGCGAGAAAAUGCAGCUGUUUGGAAAGUGGUGUUUGGGAUUAGCAAUCUUGAUCAUCCAUCUGGCUUCAUGCAGACCCGACUAGUGAAGACCAUCAUCCUCCAUCCCCGCUACAACAGAGCAGUUGUAGACUAUGAUAUCAGCAUUGUGGAACUAGAUGAAGAUAUCAACGAGACAAGCUAUGUAAGACCUGUCUGUUUGCCCAGCAAGGACCAGUUGGUUCGGCCAGAUACCUACUGCUACAUCACAGGCUGGGGACACAUGGGCAACAAAAUGCCUUUCAAGCUUCAAGAAGGAGAGGUUCGCAUCAUUUCCUUAGAACAAUGCCAGUCAUACUUUGACAUGAAAACCAUCACCAGCAGGAUGCUGUGUGCUGGCUACGAGUCUGGCACUGUGGACUCUUGCAUGGGUGACAGUGGAGGGCCGCUUGUGUGUGAACAACCUGCAGGGCGCUGGACUUUGUUUGGUUUAACAUCCUGGGGCUCCGUCUGCUUUUCCAAGGUUUUGGGACCUGGAGUUUAUAGCAAUGUGUCACAUUUUAUUGAGUGGAUUGAAAGACAAAUAUACAUCCACACCUUUCUGCUAAACUAG